UGCAGGAAGAGACUGAAUGCGGAAGCGGUGUCUGAGCAGUAACGUGGAUCUCUUUUAAAGUCAUUACAGCUUCAUCAGCGGUUUGAUGCCAUGAAGAUAAAUGAGAACACGUUACUGGAGGGACACGGAGUCGUGCUGGUUCCUUACAACGUAAACCACGUGCCCAGGUAUCAUGAGUGGAUGAAGUCUCCGGAGCUGCAGCAGCUGACCGCUUCAGAGCCGUUGACCCUGGAUCAGGAAUACGACAUGCAGAAGAGCUGGAGGGAAGAUGAUGACAAGUGCACGUUCAUAAUCCUGGACAAGCAGCGGUGGGCAGACCCCAGUGUGGAGGAGGAGCAGUGCAUGGUGGGAGAUGUAAACAUCUUCCUGACUGAUCCAACAGACCCUUCGCUGGCUGAGCUGGAGAUCAUGAUAGCAGAGCCCAGUUACAGAGGCAAAGGCAUCGGAAAGGAGGUGACACGUAUGAUGAUGUGCUAUGGAGUCACCAAACUCGGGGUCAGAAAGUUCCAAGCAAAGAUCGGGCUGGAGAACCAGGUCAGCAUCACCAUGUUCAAGAAGCUCCACUUCCAAGAGGUGUCACAGUGUCCAGUGUUCAAAGAGGUGACACUCGAGCUGACGGUAGAUGAGUCCGUUCGGACGAAGCUGCUGGACGAUGCAGCUCAUAUGAAGGAACGAGAUUACAGACAGACCUGCAGCAGCAGACAUGAACUGCUCUCACAGUGAGGUUCUGUACUGAGCUUCUCACUCACCUUCUAAAGACUUCAGCUUGUGAAGCAGGAUGAUGUGAGAGGAUGACAUGUGAAUCUGAAAACUUGCAACAGAAUCCUUUAUUCAAGUCACAAGAAAUGUUAUUUUCUGUCACGUAGUGGCAAAAAAUUCUGAUUAUAAGACAAACAGAGGCAGACAAGGACAAAGCCAUACCUCAUUAUCCAAUUUUAAAUAAGGAAAUCCAGAUUCACACCAGAGUUGAAUGGGUUCUUCCUCUUUGGAUACGCUUCACCAGGUUUGUGGAAUUCGUCUUGGUGGUUUUGGCGUGAUCAUGCUGGCCGUUGGACUUGGACCUGCAAAUUAUAACUUGAACACUGUUGAAAAACAAAUGCAUAGGUGUGAAUAUGACAUCACACUUUCAUCCUCACGUAUCAAAUCGUGUACUGUAGUCGAGACAUUAAUUUAACCGUUGUCGUCUCCGAUACCAGGAGUAAAAUGAAAUGAAAGAUGCUGUGGCUGAUGUUUCUAGUGGAGCUAGUUAACUUUAUAUUGAUUGUGUACCACCUUAGCAAACUAAAAAUCACUUGCCAACGCAAAGAUUUGUGCUUCUCUAUCUAUAAACCAAGUUAAUAUCUCUAGUGUCCUUUGUUUGGAGAAGAUUUGCACUGUUUGGUUCAGUAUCUUUAUUGACCAGUUCUGACUUUUUGAAACUAAACUUCAAAUUGGACCAAACUGAUGGUUUUAGUCACCAGCUUUCAGGAACAUUAGGCGCUAAUUCUUUUUAAUUAUUCACUCUGUCCCCAAAAUGAAAUUGAGAGCUUUUUUCCACUUACUGAUGCACAGCCAUUAAAAACCACAGCCUAAUGUGUUAUUUACACAUCUCUUGUACAUUAAAGUCUCAUAUUCCUCUUAA